AUGGAAGCUCCUUCUAACUUCGAAGCAUCUCAGAUCAUGCAAACAGAGCGUGGAAAGCUGAAGUUGGCCUUCCGUGGACGUAUGUACACUCAGGACAAGAGGAACUCCAUCGGCAUCUUACAGUUCUGGCGAUGUGAGUUCAAAGACAAAUGCAGGGCCCGACUGCACACGGCUGUGGGGACUGACGAGGUUGUGAAAGUCGUCGGGGAACACAGCGAUCCAGCCGAUGCUGCAUAUGUUGAGGUCGCUGCUGGCAACUCCGAGCUCAAGCGUCGAGCACUCUCAACUCAAGAAGCUCCUUCCCAGCUGCUGAAUAAUCUUGCGGCGAGCUUAACCGUUGCUGGCCGGGGAUGUCUUCCGAAGCACGAUUCUAUCAAACGGAGAAUUAAUAGAAUGCGCGGCGAGAACUCUCAAGCGCCCGCUUGUCCGACUGACCGAGCUUCUAUAAUUAUUGUACCAGAGGCCUACACCAUGUAUCAGUGCGAGCCAGGAGCUUCAGAACGCUUCCUCCUGGGCGACUCUGGCGUCGGGGAUGAGAAGCGAAGUCCGAUCUUCGGUCGAGAGUCGGCUGCUGAGUGGGUGGCUGACGCACAGCGAAUUCACGUCGAUGGGACUUUCAGUCUAGCUCCGGGACAAUUCGAGCAAUUAUUCGUGAUCCUCGCCGAUCGUGGAGGGUACGCCAUUCCCUUGUGCUACGGGCUGCUUCCAGACAAGUCGGAAGAGUCGUAUCGUCAAAUGCUCGACCUCAUCAUGGAAGCCUUCCCGGCUCUCAAUAUUUCGUCAAUCGCCAUGGACUUCGAAAUGGGUCUCAUAAACGCUUUCAAGGCGGUUUUCCCGACCGCUGAAGUCCAUGGUUGUCUCUUUCACUUGGUGAAGAAUAUGAAGAAAAAAGUUGCAUCGUUCAAUCUCGCGCCUUUUGUCGAGCGCACCUCUGAAUGCCUGAAGUCGGGGCAUUUGUGCUCAGUUUGA